CAGGAAGUUUCAAGUGUUUUCAUCCAUGCUGCAGGGAGAUUUCCGCGGAGAAGCUGGUUUUCCACAAAAAUGUCCCCACAAAGGACCAGAAAAAGGGGCUUGAUAUCAGCUGAUGUGCUAAAGGCAGCAUCCAAUAUGAGGUGUUAAAAUGGGGACUGUCUGUGCGAAGAGUGGUCAAAGACUAUAAAAUGUGUAUGGGGGAAAUGUUCUGUUGUGUUGGUUUUGUUGUCCCUGACUCACGGUGGUACAGCAGCUAUAAAGUCCAUUUGCUUCCUGAAAGGUUGCUGUGUUUCCGUGAUGGCAACAGAAGUAUUCCUCCUGCAGCUGAUCUCAAAUCCUGACAGACUAAACUGUUUAGCAGAAGAAGCGAAAGAGUUGGCUUUUCAACAUGGGCUUCUUAUGCGCACACUCGAGACCCCCAAUUCAUCUGAGGUCGUCACCUACGCCCCAUUUACACUCUUCCCCACUCCUGUGCCCAGAGCCGCCUUCCUCCAGGCUCUGGAUGUGCAGACUCACCUCAACACAAUGGUGGACAAGAUCAGCCAGGACCCAGACUUUCUGGAAGAGGCUCUUGCAGGAACUAUCCAGGCAGAUGAUUUUACAGCUAAGUUGUUUGGCAUAUACAGACAAGUGCAGCAGGAAGGUCGGAGACAGUCCAUAGUGGUGGGUUUAAACCGGUGUGACUACAUGGUGGAUCAGAGGGAGGAUGGGACUCCUUCCCUGAAGCAGAUAGAGAUCAACACUAUUGCUGCUGGUGCUUUUGGCAUGUCUGACUGUCUCCCCGUGGUGCACAGGCACAUAGUGAGGUCAGCUGGUCUUUUGGAAGAGAGUGAGUGCAUUCAGGAUACCAACACCACUCCUGGAAUGAUGGCUGCUCUCGCCAAGGCAUGGGAGCUCUACGGCCAACAGAAGGCAGUAAUCCUGUUUCUGGUUGAGGAUGUCCAGACUUCCAAACUUGAUCAUCGUUACAUUGAGAAAGAGCUCUGGAACAGGAAUAUUCCAGUUAUCCGCAGAAAGUUUGAGGAGGUGUCCAGAGGAGGAUCUCUUGAUGCCAACAAAAACUUGUUUAUAGAUGGGCUGGAGAUAGCUGUAGUGUACUACCGCUAUGGCUACAUGCCAGAUAACUACACUGAACAGACUUGGGAUGCUCGUCUUCUGAUGGAGCGCUCUCUGGCUGUGAAAUGUCCAGAUAUCAGUACUCACCUGGCUGGAACCAAGAAGGUCCAGCAGGCGCUCGCCAGACCUGGCGUUCUGGAGAAGUUCUUCCCAGACCAGCCCCAAGUAGUGGAGCAGAUCAGAGCAACAUUUGCUAGCCUCUACACUCUAGACAUGGGUGCAGAGGGUGACCAGACAGUGGCUAUGGCUUUGGCCAGUCCAGAUGAGUUUGUCCUGAAGCCUCAGAGAGAAGGAGGAGGGAACAAUUAUUUUGGAGAGGACAUUGUCAGAGUACUACAGGAGGUUAAAGGUGACAAAAGGAGAGCUGCUUAUAUUCUGAUGGAAAGAAUCCGACCCAGAACAGAACAAAACAUCCUGCUGAGGAGAGGACUUCCUCUCAAACUCUCCACUGUUUGUAGUGAAAUAGGAGUUUAUGGAGCCUAUGUGAGGCAUGAAGGAGAAAUGGUCCUCAAUGAGGCUGCUGGUCACAUUUUGAGGACAAAGAGCACCGAGCACAAUGAUGCAGGCAUUUACAGUGGGGUUACUGUGCUUGACAGUCCAUUUGUCAUCUGAACUCUCCUCCUGAUAUCUAUGGAGGCCCUGAUCUAUUUCAUGUCUGUUUGCAUGUGUUUUCUUAGUUGCAGUGCAUUGAGCUCUCAGGGCCACUGUAGAGCACCAACCUGAAGCAGGAAGUCAAUAUUUUUCACCAAAAUGCUGCAGCUUGCAGUUCCACAGGCUGAACACUGGGUGGCAGUAAAACCAAAGGCAUGUUUCUCAAAUAUAGUUAAACACACCAGCAGAUUUAAAAACUGGCUUCAGAAACUAAUUCCCAGUGUAGAGAAAUGGAGGGAACUAAUGAAAGAAGUAAAAGAAAUGGAGCAGUUAACAUAUAACAUUAGAGGAAAUCCAGGAAUGGGACGCACACUGUGGACUAAAUGGGAGAGCUACACAAAAAGUAGGGGGGAAAUGACAUUACAUUACGAUCUUGCACCUCAGCUUAAUAUUGAAAAAACAACAAUUUAACCAGACAUCCAGACUGCCAAUAGAUUGUUAUGGUUAUAGAUUGCUAACCCAUAAGAACCCACCGUGACACAGGUGCCACACAUCCUUUAAAUGUUCUGGAUGUAUGUCCCAGAGUGACACAUACUUAACAUCCUGGUGGAAUCAUGUGACAGGUCAUGUGAUUUGGUCUUCCCACAACAACAUUUCCAAGAUGUCUGUGUGCCAGGUUACCACUAGGGGCAGAGCUAGCUAAAUUUAAAAAGCUUGUUUUUGGUUGCCAAAGGUAAGAUUCAAACCAUUUAAGAAUUGUAAUGCUUACAUAACAAGUCCUUUAUUACAUUUAACCUGUUGUGAACACAUUUCAUGAACAAAUUGAUAUAAAACAAGUCAGGUAAAUAUCGUUGUGACAUAUAUGUCACAUCGGACCUUUAACCUUAAAAUUGUCAGGGAAAACCUAUUGUGACAUAUAUGUCACAAUAAGAAAUUUUUUUAUGA